GAUAUUGGAUUGGAAAUCAAGUGGAACAUGGAUUAGACGACACCAACUUCAACAAGAGCCUCCAGGGUUUGUUGGUCAUGAACUGACAUGCUACUUGUCUGCCACUGCAUUCAGCCUUGCUUUUUAUACUAAUGGAAGCCUCACCUCAAGGACAAAAGGCUCCUCGCAAAUUUCUGUCGACUGGAACCCAGAAAGAUCUUUGCUUUGUUGUGCGAGAAGGAUCAUUGGCUGAUGUGGAUUCAGCACUAGGUUUACUGAAGAAGAGUGGUGGUGAUAUAAAUUCAAGAAACAUUUUUGGUCUCACUCCUCUUCAUAUUGCAACAUGGAGAAACCACAUUCCCAUUGUUAGGAGGCUUCUUGCAGCUGGCGCUGACCCAGAUAUUAGGGAUGGGGAAUCUGGAUGGAGUAGCCUUCACAGAGCUCUCCAUUUUGGUCAUCUUGCAGUGGCAAGUAUACUUCUCCAGUCUGGUGCUUCUAUCAUACUAGAGGAUUCUAAAUCUCGAACACCUAUCGAUCUCCUCUCUGGGCCUGUCUUGCAAGCUCUUCAAAAUGGACACAACUCUGUUACGACGGAGGUUUAUAGUUGGGGAAGUGGUACAAACUAUCAACUUGGAACUGGAAAUGCACACAUACAAAAGUUGCCAUGCAAGGUUGAUGUUCUUCGUUGUUCUUUAAUCAAGUUGGUUUCUGCUGCUAAGUUCCAUAGUGUGGCAGUCACUUCUCGAGGAGAAGUCUACACUUGGUUUGGAAGAGGAGGACGACUUGGUCACCCUGAUUUUGACAUACACAGCGGUCAAGCUGCAGUUAUCACACCGCGUCACGUGACAUUUGGUAUAGGGUCCCGUCGGGUGAAGGCAAUUGCGGCAGCUAAACAUCACACCGUUAUUGCUACGGAGGGUAGGGAAGUGUUCACCUGGGGGUCCAAUAGAGAGGGUCAGCUUGGCUACACUUCCGUGGAUACCCAACCUACACCUCGUAGAGUGAGUUCCCUUAGGUCAAAAGUUGUUGCAGUUGCUGCCGCCAACAAGCACACUGCUGUUGUUUCAAACGGUGGUGAAGUUUUCACAUGGGGGUGCAAUAGGGAGGGUCAGCUUGGCUAUGGUACAUCUAACUCUGCUUCAAACUACACUCCAAGAUUAGUUGAAUCCUUGAAAGGCAAGGUUUUUAAGGGGGUUGCAGCAGCAAAAUAUCACACAAUUGUUUUGGGAGUUGAUGGGGAGGUAUACACUUGGGGUCAUCGAAUUGUUACGCCAAAACGUGUUGUGAUUGCUAGAAACUUGAAAAAGAGUGGAACUGCCACUUUGAAGUUUCAUCGCAAAGAACGGCUUCAUGUGGUCUCUAUAGCUGCAGGGAUGGUACAUAGCACAGCCCUGACAGAUGAUGGCGCAUUAUUUUAUUGGGUGUCAUCAGAUCCGGACUUCAGAUGCCAGCAGCUGUAUUCAUUGGGUGGAAGAAGUAUGGUGAACAUAUCUGCAGGGAAAUACUGGACUGCCGCAGUUACAGCUACAGGUGAUGUUUACAUGUGGGAUGGGAAGAAUGGUAAGGAUAAGCCACCAGUUGUGACUCGGUUACAUGGUACGAAGCGGGCUACUUCAGUUUCUGUAGGCGAAACACACUUGUUGAUUAUUGGCUCCCUUUAUCACCCUGCCUACACUUCCAAUAACCCUCUGAAGCAGAAGUCAAAUGCCAAAGAUGAGCUAGAAGAGCUUGAUGAAGAUCUUAUGUUCAAUGACAUGGAGUCUGACAAUGUUUUACCUACUAUCCAAAAUGAUGAUGCUGGGAAGAAGCCCAUACCGAGCUUGAAAAGUCUUUGUGAAAAAGUGGCUGCAGAGAAUCUAGUGGAGCCACGAAAUACUAUUCAACUGCUCGAAAUUGCCGAUUCACUCGUGGCAGAUGAUUUGCGGAAGUACUGUGAGGAGAUUGCCAUACGCAACCUUGACUAUAUUUUUACGGUAUCAUCACAAGCUAUUGCUAGUGCUUCACCAGAUGUUCUAGCUAACCUUGAAAACGUAUUGGACCUAAGGUCAUCUGAACCAUGGAGUUACCGUUGUUUCCCAACUCCUACAGCUACUUUUCCUGCUAUUAUUUAUAGUGAAGAGGAAGAUAGUAACGGUGAGGUUCAAAGGACGCGUGAUGGCCAUACAGAGCAAUCCAUCUGGAAAAAUGAAAUCCACCAAAGAGCAGAUUCCUUUCUUCAACCCAAAGAUGAUCCAAAUCAUGGUAUUGAAAAGCAAGUUCGAGCCUUGCGGAAAAAGCUGCAGCAGAUUGAGAUGCUUGAAGCAAAACAGUCUAGGGGGCAAGUUCUUGAUGACCAGCAAAUUGCAAAGCUCCAAACGAGGUCAGCUCUAGAGAGCUCGCUGGCUGAGCUUGGUGUUCCAGUUGAGACACCACAGUUGAAGAUGCCAUCCUCAGUUUUGCUAGAUGGAAAAGGGAACAAAAAGGUUGAGCCAUCAAAAAAACAGAAGAAAAGGAACAAAAAGAUGGCAUCACAAGUGGAUAUAGGGUUGUGUUUUUCGGGAAAUGAAUUAGAAAUAAACCAUGCAAUUGGUUUCUUGAAUACUGAAACCUCUCAAACCUCAAAGGAUAAGGAGGAGGAUGCCAUGAUUGAAGGGAUUGCGACAAGCCAAACCAAUCAAGAGUCAGCUUUGUGUGUUAAGAAGGACAAUUUAAACCUAACAAAUAACAAGUGUUCAUCACCAAUAGUGUCCAAGAAGAAGAAUAAAAAGGGUGGACUUUCUAUGUUCUUGAGUGGCGCUCUUGAUGAUGCCCCCAAGUGUGUUGCACCCCCUCCACCUUCCCCAAAAAGUGAAGGCCCAGCAUGGGGUGGGGCUAAAUUUUCCAAAGGGUUUGCAUCCCUUCGCGAGAUUCAGGAUGAGCAAAGCAAAACCAAGGAGAGUCGGUCAACUAGGAACAAAAGUCACCCGGAAGAUCCUUUCGAUGAUACAAGUGAUGGAAAGAUUCGUCUGAGUUCAUUUUUACCUUCCAAGCCGAUACCAUUGGUUUCAACCCAUACUUCACUGGCAUCUGAUGGAGAUAGAGGUACACCUCGUUGGACCGCUUCAGGAACUCCUCCCCUUGUUUCUCGCCCAUCUCUGAGGGACAUCCAAAUGCAGCAGGGCAAGCAACACCAGAGUGCAUCCCACAGUCCAAAGACAAAAACCGCCGGAUUCUCAGUCACAAGUGGUCAGGGAUCGCCACUGGAUACUUGUGGAGUGAACCGCUGGUUCAAACCGGAGGUAGAUCAACCGUCACCAAUUCGGUCAAUUCAGAUCGAGGAAAAGGCUAUGAAGGAGCUUAGGCGCUUCUACGACAGUGUUAAGAUUGUCAAGAAGCCGAUAGUAAAUUAGGUAGAAAUUUAGGAUAACGUAGCAGCAUUUGUUUUCUCCUCAUCCUCCCUUUUAUUCUCUUUUUGGACCAUUUUUGCUCUAUGAAGGAUAACGAUAAAUGCAGAGGUGUCGGCAUAAUAAGAGACCGUGCAGGAUGGAUAUCGUCAUGAUUCAUGAGAGUCGAACAUGAGACCCUACUUAAUAAUGAAGAAUGAGAACAUGCGGCCAAUACUUACCAAAUUGUACAGAUUAAAAGUUUGUGAUUUUUUUUUAUUUUUUUGCCGAAGCCUGAGGUAUUCCACACCUCGAAGGAUAUGACUAAUCUUCAGUGAGGUCCAAAACACAAAGUUUGGGAUUUGAGUAAUGUGUAAAUGUAUCAUCGUAUACUUUCCUUUUCUAAUAAAUGUAUCGCCAUGUCUCAACAUAA